GAGUUGCGCUUCUGCACUUCACUGUGUGUGUGGGAAAGUUUUAGUUUAGUGGCUUUGAUUUGCGGGGAAAGAGCACAGAAUACCCCUCACUUAAGAAUUUGACUUAAUAAUAAUCGCUGGAGUUUUUGGAGCCGCUAGAAUUUGGCGUAUUAAAAAUAUUACACUGCUUGAUGACUGCGAAAGGAAUCAGCACGCUAGUCAAGCAAUCUUGCAGCAGUGAAGAGUUUAACUGAAGUCCAGUGAACACUGUUCAGAUUCCAACAUGAAGAGGUCAACCCUUGCAACAAUUACCUUUGCUUUGUUGCUAGUCUAUGCUGAUGGAGCAAAAGAAAAUGCCAAAAAGAACAAAAAGCCAAAACAGAUUGUACCUUCUAUAGACUGUGACAUCCGGGCAGGAAAGAUCAGUCUCCCAGAAUUCAUGGCAAAGUGUCCUGCAGGUUGUCAGGAGAUGAAGCAGCCUGUAUAUGGCACAGAUAUCUAUGCCUCCAUUUCCAGCGUGUGUAACGCUGCUCUUCACAGUGGUGUAAUUACUAAUGCUGGAGGGAAGAUCCUUGUGAAGAAGAUCGCUGGACAGGCCUCUUACAGAGGCAGUUUCUCCAAUGGCAUCCGAUCUAUGUCUCUUCCUAAGUGGCGGGAGUCAUUCAUCGUGUCUGCUGGUAAAGCAAAGAAAGGAGUGACCUACCCAUCAGUCCUUGAAUUAAUAACUUCAAAGCCCACAGUUGUAAGAACAGAACUCAUAAAAUCUGAACAGGAAACUAAAAACAUAAAGCAUUCUGGAACCUCAUCAGACAAAGCAUCGGAUCAAGUAGGGCAAAAAGAAGUCAAGGCCCCUCCAGCAACAACUACCCAUCAAACCACAAUGACUCCAGAGCCAACAACAACUCCUGAACCCACAACCACCACUCUCAAACCAACGACCACCACCACAACCACAGUUCUGCCACCUACCACCACACUGAUCACCACAGUUAAACCCCGUGCAGCCGUACACAAAGUCAGAGAAGCAGGUAGCAAUCACCCACUGUAUACCUCUCUAAUCGGGGCUGCAAGCUCAAGGCAGGCCCAGAAUGCACAAGGAAAGGGGGCAACACCAGCAUUCAGGGGCUCUUCCACCUAUGCAAGUAGAAAUCUACCUCGCACCAAUGCAGGUAUCCGCAGACAGGAGCCCGCUGUGACUUACAGGAGACAGCCUGGAGCACCUGCAAAUCCAACUUAUAACCGUGUAAACCCGUCCCCUCAAGACAGAACCCAACAAGCUGUGCAAGCCAACCCCACUUUCACUAGAAGGGACUGGUACCAUAUAUACCAAAGGCCAGAUUGGCAGACAGCACCGAGAAGGCAGACAGAUAUUAGUGCUGUUGUACCAGAUACUGGCUAUACCUGGACUGAAGUAGGAGGCGAUGACACCCAAGCUCCCAGAGCCGGUUCAGAGGUGUCCGAUACAAAGGUAGACACUGUCGGUGCCUGGAAACCUGAAGUAGACCCUUUUGACACAGGUGUUGGUGUAAAAGAACAGGAUUCAAUCCCCAAAUUCCCAGAACCCGCUUCUCAGGGAGAUCCAAAUUGCAAAGUGGAUAUUGCAUUCCUGAUGGACGGGAGCUGGAGCAUAGGAAAGCGCCGCUUUAAAAUCCAGAAAGAAUUCCUGGCUGAUAUUUCCCAAGCCCUUGAUGUUGGAGUGGCCGGUCCUAUGCUGGGCAUUAUUCAAUUUGGAGAUGAUCCAGUCACAGAGUUCAACCUGAAGAGCUACUCCAGUUCCAGAGAGCUGAAGCCUGUAAUAGAGAAGAUCGUCCAGAAGGGGGGCCUCUCCAAUGUCGGAAAGGCCCUGUCCUACACCAACAAACACUUCUUCAGUGAUGCCAGUGGCAAUCGAGGGGGCCCUCCCAAUGUGGCUGUGGUGCUGGUGGAUGGUUGGCCCACUGACAAAGUGGAGGAGGCCUCGCGUCUGGCCAGGGAAUCGGGAAUCAACAUCUUCUUUGUCACCAUUGAAGGCCCAGACGAGAACGAGAAGCAAAAUGUUGUGGAGACAAACUUCGUAGACAAGGCUGUUUGCAGGACGAACGGUUUCUUCUCUCUGAACGUGCCCAGCUGGUUCGCGCUGCGCAAGGCAGUUCAGCCCCUGGUGAAGCGGGUCUGUGAUACAGACCGGCUGGUAUGCAGCAAGACCUGCCUCAAUGCAGCAGACAUCGCCUUCGUCAUUGACGGCUCCAGCAGCGUGGGCACAGGCAACUUCCGCACUGUGCUGCAGUUUGUGGCCAACAUCACCAAGGAGUUUGAAAUCUCUGACACAGACACGCGUGUGGGUGCCGUGCAGUACACCUAUGAGCAGCGGCUGGAGUUUGCAUUUGGCCAGUACAACAGCAAAGCAGAAUUGCUCAAUGCCAUCAAGCGCAUUAACUACUGGAGUGGAGGCACCAGCACGGGAGCAGCAAUCACCUACACCUCGGAGCAGCUCUUCAGUAAAUCCAAGCCCAACAAGCGCAAGAUCAUGAUUGUCAUCACAGACGGGCGUUCCUAUGACGACGUCCGGGCACCGGCACUGGCCGUUCAUCGCAACGGUGUGAUCGCAUACUCGAUCGGCAUUGCCUGGGCUGCCCAGGAGGAGCUGGAGUACAUUGCUACUGACCCUGAUAAAGAACAUUCCUUCUUCGUGGAUGAGUUUGACAGCCUCUACAAGUUUGUUCCCAAAAUCAUACACAACAUCUGCCAGGAGUUCAAUUCCCAGCCACGAAAUUGAGCAACCCACAGUUGCUACAGUUACCUUAUUUUGUUUUAGUUUGGUUUCUUUAUCAUGUUACAGUAAACAAAUUCUAAAUAUCAUCUGUUAAAUUGGAGCUUAUAAUAUAAAAUGUGCAAAGGGAAUUCUAUUCAGAAGCUGGCUGGCGAUAUGGACCAAGAUUAAUUAAAUGGGAUAACUAGCUGUGAAAUUUAGAGUGAUUUCUAUAGACAGGUGCUUAGAAGUAUACAGCAUUUUUUUUAAAUCUGUUGUAUUAGAAGUUUACAGUAAUGAAGUUGUUUAUUUUCCAUAAAAUAUAGAUGGCGUGGUUACAGUUCAUUUUGCCACAGGUAUGAUAAAAUAAUGUUUCUUUAUUUUGACCAUUGUAAUCAACAAACUAAUGUGGAUAGAGAGUACUGAGGUACUGGUUUGAUAUGAAAGGUGACUGGGAGCUUCCUUGCGCAAUAAUAAUAUUUAAUUUGUUUGUAACCACGGUAACUUGAAAACUACAAAUUCAAUACAGAAGUCUAAAUUGUUGAACCUGUUGUAUUUGCAAGUAAGAUUACAAAAAAUAAAUAAUUCAAGGAUGGAA